AUGUCCUUUCCAGAACCACACAUCCAUGCUCCAACCACAACGUACACGCAUACAAUAAUCCUCCUCCACGGCCGUGGCAGCUUCGGCCCCAAAUUCGCCGAAGAACUCUUUUCCUCCAACACCUCCAACAACCAAAAUCUUCCAACUGCUCUCCCAAAUGUCCGCUGGGUGUUUCCAACAUCCCGCGAUCGCUGGGAUACCAAGUUUGAAGAAGAGAUACCGGCGUGGUUUGACGCGUAUUCGCUUACCGAUAUUGAGGAGCGGCAGGAGUUGCAGGUUGAGGGCCUCAGGGAGUCAGUAAAGUACGUCUUAGAGGUUCUGGAGAAGGAGAUCAAGCUAGUUGGGGAUGCUGGGAAGGUGUUUCUUGGUGGUAUUAGUAUGGGGAUGGCAGUUGUGGUUUGGGUUGUUGUUUAUUACCUUGCUUCUGGCACGGGGAAGGGGAAAGCAUUAGGCGGGGUACUUGGACUCUGUGGAUGGUGUCCGUUUGCUAGGCAGGUCGAAGAGCGUCUCUCUGCUGCCGACGCUGGUGAGGAGGGUGGUGACUGUGGUGCUGAGUUCCAACGGCUGGUGUCUUCUAUGCUUGGUCAAACCAUUCCUGUCGCUGGGAAUCAGGAGGGCGUAUCACCCGCGAGCAUUCCCGUAUGCCUCCUCCACGGAAUAGAUGAUGCUUUUGUAUCUGUUGAACUGGGUCGACAGGCGGCUGGGCGUUUGCAGCGGAUGGGAAUGCCAGUGGAGUGGCAUGAGUACACUGGGGCGGAGAAUGAAGGGCACUGGAUUAAGGAACCGGAGGGGUUUGAUGAAAUCGUCAAGUUCCUAUGCAGUCGUUGA